UUUCUCAAUGCGUUCUUGGGUUGUCAUUCUAUUUCCGUGAUUCAUUUUAGUACUGAUCCGUCUUUAUUGCAUUAUACCACUCCCAACUCUGUUUCUGGUCUGGUCUCAAAACCCCGCCCGCCUAGUUUUCAUUUCUCUUUGCUUAAUUUGGUUUCCAACUUCAUCCUAUUGACUCUUUACUCCAGCCUCCGGUCUAUCAAUGUCCUAAGGAGAGGUACUCGAACUUAUUUCUUUGUAUUUCCCCGUGCUUUAUUGCCAUCGCAAUUUCAACUUCUAUAUUUUUCCUGGUUUUCAUCAGUUUGUUUGAGUUUAAAAAUUUUAUAAAAACAAAUUCCCUAAAAAAAAAAAAAUUAAGAGGAAGCUGGUGACGGACUGUGGCAAACAAGAAUGGAGGAGAUCAUUUUUGCAAUUUUAGCGAAAAUCGCAGAGUACACUGUUCAACCAGUUGGACGGUGGCUAUGUUAUUCAUGUCACUACAAGAGCAACAUGGAGUAUCUGAAGAAUCAGGAAAUGACGCUGCGGGAUGCUCAGAAAGAGGUUGAACGCAAGGUUAAAACUGCUUCAGAUAACGGCGAUGAAAUAAAAGAUAAUGUAGAAACGUGGUUGAAAAAGGUGGACGAUAUUAUCAAGAAACUUGGUGGAGGUGAAGAAGAAGCGGAAUCGAGGAACUCUAAUGUGUCAUGCCUGAACUUGAAGCAACGACAUCAGAUGAGCCGGGAAGCAAAGGAGAUGGUGGGUAAUAUUGCAAAACUUCUUGAAGAAGGAAACUUUAAACGUGGAUUACAUGACCUUGGAUUCGAGGAUAUCAAUUACGAAGAGAAUUAUGGAGGCAUUGGGAGAUGCUAAUAUUAACAAGAUCGGCGUGUGGGGGUCGCCUGGAGUUGGAAAGAGUACACUGAUGAAAGAAAUUUUCAGGAAAGCCAAGGAAGAAAGCUUAUUCGAUGAGGUGGCUCUGGCAAAUGUGACGGAAAGCCCAAACCUAAGUCAAAUUCAAGAAGAAAUUGCAAACAUGCUAGAUCUAAAGCUUGAUCCUAAUUGUAAAGCUGAAAUGGUAAGAGCAGGCCAUCUACGGGCGAGGUUAGAAAAAGACAAGGAGAAGAAGAUACUUGUUAUCUUGGAUGAUAUAUGGAAGCGACUUGAUUUGGAGCAAGUAGGAAUUAUUCCUUCCGAAAGAUGCAAAGUACUACUCACAUCCAGAGAUCGACAUGUACUAGCUUCUGAGAUGGUCAACGAAGAGAACAGCUUUAAACUCGACGAUUUAGGAGAAGAAGAAGCAUGGAUCUUAUUUGAAAAGAUGGCGGGUGAUUCUGUCAAAGGUGAUCUUGACUUGCGAAACACAGCAAUUGAGGUAGCUAAUGCGUGUCGAGGUCUUCCUAUUGCACUUGUAACAGUUUCUAGGGCAUUAAAGAAUCAGAAUUCGGGAGCCUGGAAGGAUGCCCUGGUGCAACUAACAAGAGCCAAUCCAGAACAUGACACAAAAAUAUGGUCACCUGUAUAUACUUGUAUAGAGCUGAGCUAUACACAUCUUGUUGGUAAAGAGCUCCAAUCCCUAUUUUUGCUUUGUGCUCGAGAAGGGUACUACAUUUCCUAUCAGGACUUGUUGAGAUAUGGUUUCGGUCUGUGUUUAUUCCAUGGCAUUGAUACAUUGGAUGAAGCAAGAAAUAGACUAGAAACUUCAGUUAGAGAUCUCCAAGAUGCUUGUUUGCUACUACAAAGUCCACAUAGCUCCGAGGAAUUUUACAUGCAUGAUCUUGUUCGUCAUGUCGCUACAAUAAUUGCAAAAAAUGAUUAUAAUAUGUUUGUCAUGAGAGGCGAUGGUGGGCAAAAAGCAUGGCCAGAUGUCGAUUCACUAAAAAGAUGCGAGGCGCUCUCUAUUCAUGGUGGAGAUCAUAUCCAUGAUAAAUAUCUCAAUGAAAUAGAAUGUCCUAAAUUAAGAUACCUUUAUGUCCAGUGUGAAUCUCAAUAUUUGACAACCCGAAGCAGUUCCUUCCAAGGGAUGGACAAGCUCGAAGUUCUGAGUUUGAGAAAUAUACAACUUUCAUCACUUUUGCCACUUACAAACCUACAAACAUUGUGUCUUGAUGGAUGUAAGUUGGGAGAUAUUCAUUGGAUUGGAGAACUCAAGACUUUAGUAAUUCUUAGUCUUGCUCGUUCUGACAUUUCAAACUUGCCAGGAGAAAUAGGGUCAUUGACUGGUUUGCGGUUAUUGGAUUUGACAGAUUGUUCCAAACUUAAAGUGAUUCCUCCUAAUGUCUUGUCAAGCUUGGUCAAGUUAGAAGAAUUGUAUAUGCGAAACAUCAAAGUCCAAUGGGAGGUUGAAGGACCCAAUAAUGAAGGAAAAAAUGCUAGCCUUGUAGAGCUAAAAAAAUUGUCACACUUGAUCACCUUAGAGAUAGAUAUUAAAGAUGCCAACAAUCUACCGAAAGAUUUGUUUUCUAAAGAGCUUGAGAGAUACAAGAUUUGCAUUGGACAUAUGAGGGGUCUAUAUUUCUGGUAUCGUGGGGAGGAGGCCGGCUUCUCAAGAUCGUUGCAUUUCAAACUGAAUAUGAGCAGCUCCCAAUUGGACUUUGGGAUCAAAAUGCUACUAAAGAGGAUAGAAUAUCUUUAUCUAGACGAGUCGAACAGUACUAAUAGUGUCUUGCAUGAAUUAGAUAGAGAAGAUUUUCAACAACUGAAGCGUCUCCAUAUCUUACGUAGUUGUCAUCUCCCUGAGUUGAGGACAUCCUUAAAAAACUUGAAACCAGAGGCCUUUCACUACUUGAAGAAUUGA